CCCUGAAGAAUACAUUGAUACAAAGGCCCCAUUACCUCAAGACCUAGACACACCUGAUUGCAUGAAAAUGAUGGAUCUUCCAUUUAGUAUUCAUGCUUUUCAGCAUUUGAGGGGUAUCCAAGAACGGAUCAAUCUUACAGCACCAGUAUUAUCAAAAGAAGAUCCUAUCUUUAUCAGCUUAUCAAGAAGAUUAGGUAGAAGUAUUGAAGAAAUAGGCCAUAGAAUUAAUGCAGCCUUGUUGAAGAAUACAUCAUCAUGGGUGUUGUAUAACAUGGCUUCAUUUUACUGGAGGAUGAAGAAUGAGCCGUAUCAGGUGGUGGAAUGUGUCAUUCGGGCAUUACAUUUUUCUCCACG